AUGUUGUCGAGGUCUUGGUCCAGCUGGAAAACAACUUCCGGCUCGUCUUCAACAGGAUGUUCAGCUGGGGUGGGAGCGCCUUCAUUAUUUGUCCCAGAAGAUUCUGGGACUUGUUCUCCAGCUAGUGGUGCAGUGUUUAAAGGUUCAGUUCAGUCCGGUUUUUUGCCCCGAAAACGCGCAACCGUGGACCGCAACCGGUCCAGGACCAACCCAGAUAUUGAGGGAACCGAACCGAACCACCUAGGACCGGUCUUUUGCAGUCCAUGA